UAUGGCAGAUAAAUCCCCUGAUCUAGGAUCUGUUAGUAUUGCCAUGGAAGAGAGACUGUAUAAUGGAGGCAGACAAACACAGCCACAGGAGGCUCCAUUACUGGCCUACCUGAAAAAGGUAAAAAAACAGCUAACUGAAGGACAGAGCUUCUCUCACCUUCCAAAACGCUCUGCUGUAAACCUGGAGUUUUCUAACCUGUCCUACACAAUCAAAGAGGGACCAUGCUGGAAGAAAGAAGGUUAUAAGGUCUUACUCAAGUGCCUCUGUGGAAGGUUCUGGAGCCGGGAGUUGAUUGGGAUCAUGGGCCCCUCAGGAGCUGGAAAGUCCACUUUGAUGAACAUCCUGGCUGGCUAUAAAGAAACAGGUAUGACAGGACGAAUCCUGGUCAAUGGAAAGCCAAGAGAUCUCUGCACCUUUCGGAAAAUGUCAUGUUACAUCAUGCAAGAAGAUAAACUGCUGCCCCAUCUUACAGCUCAGGAGGCUAUGAUGGUGUCUGCUAACUUGAAAGUCAAUAAUUCACUUGAGGUGAAAAAGAACUGGUAAGUUAAAGAGAUUCUGACAGGCCUGGGACUUAAUGAAUGUGCUAAUACUCGCACUGUCUCCCUUUCUGGUGGGCAGUGUAAGAGACUAGCAAUUGCGCUUGAACUUGUGAACAAUCCUCCAGUCAUGUUCUUUGAUGAGCCCACCAGUGGAUUGGACAGUGCCUCAAGUUUUCAUGUAGUCUCAUUAAUGAAAUCUCUGGCCCAGCGGGGGCACACUGUGAUUUGCACUAUUCACCAGCCGAGUGCCAAACUUUUUGAAAUGUUUGAUAAGCUCUAUAUCCUGAGUCAGGGACAGUGUAUAUAUAAGGGCACUGUGCCAUAUCUUAUCCCUUACCUUAAAACACUGGGACUACACUGUCCAACAUAUCACAACCCUGCAGAUUUCAUCAUUGAGGUAGCAUCAGGAGAGUAUGGGGACUUGAAUCCAGUUUUGUUCGAAGCUGUGCAAGGUGGACUCUGUCCUCUUGAAGAAAAGAAGAGUUGUGAAAAAAACAAACCUUCGGGCUCCUGGCUUGCAAAUUACGCCAAAAGCUCAGCUUAUCAUGAGAGCCAUACAUUUGCAACAAGCAGCUUUACACAGUUCUGUAUCCUCUUCAAAAGAACAUUCAAAACAAUAUGUAGAGACCAAGUGUUGACACACUUGCGAUUAAUGUCACACAUCUGCAUUGGAGUGUUAAUAGGCAUGCUUUACCUUAAUAUUGGCAAUGAUGCCAGUAAAGUUUUCAACAACACAGGAUUCCUCUUCUUCUCCAUGCUAUUCCUCAUGUUUGGAGCUCUCAUGCCUACAGUGCUUACCUUUCCUCUGGAGAUGGCUGUAUUUCAACGAGAGCAUCUAAACUACUGGUACAGCCUGAAAGCUUACUAUCUUGCCAAGACAAUGGCUGACAUUCCAUUUCAAAUCAUCUGUCCUAUCAUGUAUUGUAGUAUUGUGUACUGGAUGACUGAGCAGCCACCUGAAGCAAGCCGCUACUUACUUUUUAUGGCCUUGUCUAUCUGUACUGCCUUAGUAGCUCAGUCUCUGGGCCUUCUUGUUGGUGCCACUUCCACAUCUCUUCAGGUGGCCACAUUCAUUGGCCCAGUUACAGCUGUUCCAGUCCUUCUCUUUUCUGGGUUCUUUGUAAAUUUUGACACCAUUCCAAAGUAUCUUCAGUGGAGUUCUUAUGUCUCUUAUGUCAGGUAUGGUUUUGAAGGGGUCGUUCUAUCCAUCUAUGGAAUGAAUCGCUCUGAUUUAGAAUGCCCAGGAAAAGUCUGCAAGUUCCAGAAACCUGAAGAAGUAUUGCAAUUGCUGAAUGUAGAGGAUGCCAAGCUCUAUAUGGACUUCAUCAUACUUGGAAUAUUUUUUGUCAUCCUUAGGCUGGCUACAUACCUGGUGCUACGAUAUAAAGUCAAGUCUGAGAGAUAAUAUUUAUUCAAUGAAUGAAAAAAAAUCUGAUCUUUUAGACAGGUACCUUUUAGGACAUUUUAGUGUAUGUGUAAACUUAAUUAAGUUCAUACAUGCUCUAAAUAUUUUCUAAAUAGUGUCAUUAAUAUGUCAAAUAGUGUGCUGUUUGAAUAUUUUUACACUGAAAAUUAGACACAAAUUUAUCACCAAUCGUGUCAUAUUCCUGUUUCUAAAAGGUGUUAAAGUGGUGAUUAUACUUCUUGUUUUAAAAAAAAUUUAAUUAUUAGAUUUAUCAUGAUAAUUUUGUUUUUUAAACAAUAUGAUAUAUCCCCUAUUCAAAUGCAUUAACCUCUCUGGUGAACUAUACAAUUGUAGACUUGUGUCCCAGAUAUAAUGGAUACCUACCUCAAUUUGAAACAAAGUAAUGAUGUCCUACUUGAUAUAUUUGAUAGUAGCCUAACGAUUCAGUUUACUUCUCUGCGUUUAAUGUCUUGGAUAUUUUAAUUUUUUAAGUUAUUUGAUUAUAUUUAUUUUAGUUUCUGUAUUUUCUUGUUUGAUUUUACUUGAUUUUCCUUUUUAGUUCAACUCCAAUCAAUAUGAUGACUUGCACAUUGUAACUCUGUGAAAGGUAAACAUGUUAUUCUGAGAAAAUGUACAGCAAUUACCUUGUUGUGCACCCUCCUAACGUUCUCUCUUUCAAACUCUCUUCACAUGCUUAGAAAAUGCUUUUCCUGACAAGAGUAAGUGUUAACAUGGACUUGUGCCCGAGAUGUUUGUAUUUUUUACGCUGUGGGUUUUUAUGCUGUGGUGGUGAAUUAC